AUGUGUCAGACAGCAGCCUGGCAUCAUUACACUGCAGACUCAGGCUGCCUGAUGGGGGCGCCGCACAGAGUCUACUAAAAUGACCGAGACGGGGUCCUCCAACUGCUGCUUGGCGACAGCGCCGCCCGUUAGCGAGGUGGUCUUGGGUCUGGAAGACAGCACCAAGCUGCUGGGCGUGCAGGUGGUCUUGAUCCUGGCGUACAGUGCCAUCAUCGUGCUGGGCGUGACGGGCAACAGCCUGGUCAUCUAUGUGGUCUACAGGUUCAGGACCCUUCGCACCGUCACCAACUUCUUCAUCGUCAACUUGGCGGUGGCCGACCUGUUGGUCAACAUGCUGUGUCUGCCCUUCACGCUGGCCUACACGCUCUACGGAGAGUGGAUAUUCGGGCGAGCGCUGUGCUUCAUUCUGCCGUGCGCUCAGGGCGCCGCUGUGCACGUGUCCACCAUCACCCUCAACGUCAUAGCGCUGGACCGCCAUCGCAGCAUCGUCCACCACACCGAGAGCAAGAUGUCCAGAAAUGUGUGCGCUGUUGUCAUUGCCCUCACCUGGGCCGUCAGCGUUCUCCUGGCGAGCCCCUUAGCUAUAUUCCGCGAGUACAGGACCUUGGACCUCUCGCCCGGCGAGUCCCUGCAGGUCUGCGCAGAGAAGUGGCCUGAAGGCAGCGUGAACGGGAGCAUCUACAGCGUCUCCAUGCUGCUGCUGCAGUACGGCCUCCCGCUGGCCGUCAACUGCGUGGCCUACAUGCACAUCUGGACCAAGAUGAAGAGCCGCAUGGUGGCGCGCCACGGUCCCAACGGGCGCCAACAGCGGCGUAAGAAGACCACCAAGAUGCUGGUGACCAUGGUGGUGGUGUUCGCCAUCAGCUGGCUGCCGCUGCACGCCUUCCAGCUGGCGGUGGACAUUGACAGCAGCGUGGUCUACAUGAAGGACUUCAAGCUACUCUUCAGCGCCUUCCACGUGGUCGCCAUGUGCUCCACCUUCGUCAACCCCAUCCUCUACGGCUGGAUGAACAGCAACUACAGGAGCGCCUUCCUGUCCGUCUGCCACUGCUGCCGGCCCUUUAAGGGCCACGCCCGGACGCACAAGAGCAAACAAGGCGACGUCUCCUCGAGCUCCAAGUCCACCAAGGACCCUACCGGGUUUUGAUUGGUUUUCAACGACGAGCAAGAUGGCUGACAGUCACUCCUCCAUCCUUCAGGGAUUUGAUUCCUCUUUUGAUUUUUUUUUGUUGUCCUUGUCACCGUGAGACAUCUCCUGUGUUGAAUGGCAUACGAUGCAAGAUGACAGGAUCCGUCAAGGGCCACAUGGCUUUUAAGUCACCAUGUGGGCCUGUCGUGAUAAUCCAUCAAUCAUGAAUCGAACAAUUUUUAAAAUACAAAGUCGGUCAUUUUGCUAACCUCUUGUGCUUUAGUGCUUGUUAACGUAACCCAGCCUUUUAGGUUGGCCGCUGAACCACAGCCACGCCUUCAGAGGCACCCCACGGCUAUCUCACUGUCAAAACACAUUUUCAUCACACUUGCAAAAUAACAGCGGCACACAUCCUGUCUAAUAGUGGUAAUAAAAUAAGGGGGUCAUAAAUAUAGCUUACAUCAAUAAAGCUAUUACAAUUGCAUCUGCAAUUUUAUUUAAAAGCUCUUGACAGUCCAAUUACAAUGUUAAAUACUCCUGGGAAACUGAAGUUUAUUGCUAUUGAUACAAUGUCCUCGCAUUAUUAUGCCAUAUAAUUCAUGAAAAAAAUGGUCUCAAACGAUGAUGUCAAUAAUAUCGAUUAUCGACAAUCAUUUGUAGGCCAAAGGACCACACGUGCUCUCUGUCAGCUUCCGAUGCCUAUUGGUUGUGAAUGACAUCAUGAAAGAUGACUGACCAAUCGUCCAAUCCGGCAAAUGUUUUUGUCAUGUUGAGAACACUACUCUUUUUGCAAGAUGAACACACGCCUUUCUCUUUUCUGUGCGUUCUAAAGAUAUAAAAACAGCUCAAAGGAGACAGGUGAUGAAUGCAUGUAAUGGGACACACCUAUGACGCCUAGAAAGCCCGCUACUAAAACACCUCCAAAAAGGUUUUAUGGUUUCAAUAUACAUCCGUGCAUUGCAUGUUAUCAUGAGUAUUUUGCCCUAUUUUGGUCCUUUUAAGCAUUACCGGAACUUCCUUCCAGAGCACAUUGUUUUCACAUAGCGACACAGAAAACUCCAAAACAAAAACACAGCAGCAGUAGCAGCAGCUCCAAUAUGUAGCGUUACCUUUCGCUGGUGACCUGAGGCCUUGUGAGUGAGUGUGUGGUGAAGCUAGUCACUAGCCGGCUAGUAGCUGGCCGGUGAGGUGUCAAUACGGCAGUAACAUAGUUCUUGGGCGUUAAUAAGAAUAAUAACAAUGUCGCUGUAGCUUGGUAAAUAUGCAGGUCACAUGAUGUAAAUGGAGCGCUGUUGGCGCUUUUUGGAGGUUUUUUCAGAAGGCUUUAUAGGCGGAAUUACUUGCAUUCUUAACUGCGUCUUUUUAGCUGUUUUUAUAUCUUUAGAAUGCAUGCUCAUGUCUCUCGGAAGGAUCAUGGCUGAUGCGCAAAAUUUAAAAAAAUAUGCAGUUUUCCUUUGAGGCAAGAACGGUAUGGAUUUUAAGAAAUGAUCCUUACAUGUUUGUUGUCUUGGUUUUUUUCCCCACUUUGUCACCUUAAGAAGCCAAAAUCAGUUUCUGGAGGCAAGAGCCAUCCUGAUAUGAGUGAGUACCGGGCAGAUGAUUAUGCUGUAGACUGGACAGAGCAAGAACCCUGUUGGUUUUCAUCGACAUCUGAGGCACGAUGGCCGAGAUAGCGGGGGUCAACGAUGAAAUGGUCAAAUCCGUUUUGACGCAUUUGAGGAAGAAUGUUAUGGAUUUUAAGGCCUUUUUUUUCUCAGCAUCUCGAGAAGCCUGAUUUUUUUUUGAAACGACAGAUCACAACAAAGGUAAAAAAAUACAAAAAUAAGAAGAUUUUCCAGAAAUUCUUCUCCACGCGAGACCUGUAAGGAUCGUGAGGAAUUCUCUGUGGAUUAUCGUCCCGUUGAGUUUGUACCUCUUUGUGAAAGCGAUUUGUUUUUUGAAUGACAGCAGAAUUCAAUCUGUCCCACCUUUGAACAAUACGACAAACUAAGAACCAUAUUGAUUGUAGCCAGCGUGUGACCCGACAUGGCUGGCAGCUGUUUUGAUGGUCUUUGUCACAGCAAGACUUCUGUUGCUUUUCUUUCAGUCCCAACGACAAACGCAAUCAAGCUCUGCCAAGUAUUGAUUUUCCACCUGCGGUCACUUCUUCUGGGAGUUCUGCUUCGUGUCAAGGUCGCUUUUCAAGGAUGAGCCAAGAUGACGCAAGCGGCUGUGGUCAAAGGUCGCAGCUGGUGUUGCAUUCACUGCCUGCGCCCAGCGUAGGACGUACUGACACACCUUUCCCACUGUGCCUGCUUGAGAGUAGGUUUUUCUUUUCCAUUGUCGAGGAACAAGGAUGCCCAACUGCAGAUGGUUUUUUUGGUUUUUUUGGUUGAACUCUGGAUCCAAAAGCUGGCUGGGCUGACUGCUGAACGGUUUGCAUCAGGAAGAAGGGGAGGCGUUACCUCAAGUAAAUACAGGUGGCCCUCGGGUUGCCAACGAGCUGCUUAAAUGAGCACUUAAGUCACUCACGCUGUUCACGCUGGUUAGUUACCAUCCUUUAACACGCUCAAGGAUACUGCAGCCACCUGGCAGUUCUGUGCAGCGUGAAAGCGUUUUGUGAUUUGCAACUGUCUGUGAACAUAACACGAGUC